AGCUGUGACCCGAACCGGAUUUGAUUCCAGCCGUGCUCGCUGCCGGCUCUGUCCGCAGUUCCUCGGGCCCCAAGCGCUUUCCUUCGCGCCCGCCGCCGCCAUGGCGCUCAGCGAUGCCGACGUCCAGAAGCAGAUCAAGCAUAUGAUGGCUUUCAUUGAGCAGGAGGCCAAUGAAAAGGCUGAAGAAAUAGAUGCAAAGGCUGAAGAAGAAUUCAACAUUGAAAAGGGUCGUCUUGUUCAGACACAGAGGCUGAAAAUCAUGGAGUACUAUGAAAAGAAAGAGAAACAAAUUGAGCAGCAAAAGAAAAUUCAGAUGUCCAACCUGAUGAAUCAGGCAAGACUGAAGGUCCUCAAAGCAAGGGAUGACCUUAUUUCAGAUUUGCUGAAUGAGGCCAAGCUAAGACUUGCCAAGGUGGUGAAGGAUACUGCCAGGUACCAAAUACUGCUGGAUGGACUGGUUCUACAGGGAUUCUACCAGCUGCUUGAGCCUAGAAUAGUUGUCCGGUGCAGGAAACAAGAUCUCCCUAUGGUUAAGGCUGCUGUACAGAAGAGCAUUCCUAUCUACAAAAAUGCCACAAAAAGGGAUGUGGAUAUUCACAUUGACCAAGACAACUUCCUGCCAGACGAAAUUGCUGGAGGUGUUGAAAUCUACAAUAGUGAUGGUAAAAUUAAGGUUUCUAAUACCCUGGAAAGUCGGCUGGACCUUGUAGCCCAGCAGAUGAUGCCAGAAAUCAGAGUGGCUCUCUUUGGUGCUAAUGCCAACAGGAAAUUCUUGGACUAAACCUCUGUAAGAAAAGGUGGGGUCUGUUCCACUGCCAUAAUGAAGGGAUGCAAAAGCAUCUGCUAAUUUAAAAUCUUGAAAUGUAA